AUGAUUAAACCACAGCAACCACAACAACUUAAGGCACAAAACACCCAGGUCCUUCAGACCAUUACAUACGCCACAUAUGCAUAUAAUUCAAAGACGGCAGAACAAACGCAAAGGUUGAAAUAUGGAGAUUUGGAGAUAGUAUUGAAAAAUGACCAUUUCGAAUUCGUUUGCAAAGGUGGUGCAGUGAUAUCAAAUAUAAAAGAAAUUUUAUUUAUGAAUUCUAAAAUUAAAGAUAUAACGGAUGAUAUAACAUCAAUUCCACCAGAAGAACAGAGAUAUUACGCAUUAAAUGCAUUUCCUAAAGUUUUGAAGAUUGGAAGAUUUAAUUUAAAUGAGGAAUUCAUAGAAGGUUUCCUAAAUGACAUAAUGAAGAAGGUGGAUAAGGAAUAUGUGGAUAGUGAGUUAAAUAAGAAGGCAAAUUUGGUUUAUGUUGAUGAAAAAGAUAAUGAAAUUAAAGAAAAGGUUGA